AUGUCUUUACAUGGGUUUCUUACCUCCAAGGAGUUCAGAAAGGGGGAUGUGCCAGCAAAGCAGUCAUUGAAUCUGCGAUCCCUCAUGCUUGCUGUUGAAGGGGAUCCAUUUCUUCUUAACAUCCUCCAAUUACCUCGGUCACUAGAGGAGUUCAUAUGGGAGGGUGAGAUAGAAGAUGGUGCACUAUUGCACCGGAGUCUUGCAUUCCAGUGCCAUAGCUUGAAGACAUUAUCUAUCUCUAUCCCAUGGAGCGCCCCACCUCAAUCAACACCCAUUGGAACGCUUUCCCAUUUCCAGUCCCUGAGAAGCCUUACGAUCCCUUGUUCCUUGUUCCAUGAUCCAAACCAUGGAGAAGUAGACCUCUUCAGUCUUCUUCCAACAACUUUGGAACAACUGACGCUAGACAUGGCUUGUUGGGAUGGCGAGACAUCCCUUCAACUUGUUGUUGGGAGGGAUUUGGAAGAGUGGAAGCAGAAGCAAUGUUUUCACCUUCCGGUGCUCGAUGAUAUUGUUUGGGUGUUUAAUCAGACGGUCGAUGCAGGAUUAGUGGAGAAGCUGGCCCAAAUAGGUGUUCAAGUGCAGUUCCCCAUAGUACACACAAUACAAUGA